UUUCACCAUACCGUUGAGCUUUCAACGUGUGGAAUAUUUCAAUCAUUCUUUGGCAGGCGGCGGACGGAUACACACAUAAAGACAUACCCAUUUAACAAUUUUUUUAGGGAGAGGGGAGAGAGAAGGACAUUCAAUUGGACGGUGAAGGUAAUGCUGGAAAUCCGGUGCAUAGAUUGCAUGGUCUAGGCCCCUCUUUCCAGCCUCUGGUCGUCUCUCUUUAGGCUCUGAUCCGAGGCUGGUAAGUGAAUUUGAGUGGAACCCAUUUGCUGCUGAGUCUUUCUUUCCCUUCUCGCAGUUAAAAUCCGAGUUUAUCAUUUUAUUGGAAGGGAAAGAGAGCAUAGAGCAAAGCAUAAGCAAAUCAAUAUACUUAAAGACAAAAAUGAGUAAAGUGUCUGGCGUGAUUUCUAGGCAAGUGUUUCCAGUAUGUGGAAACCUUUGUUUCUUUUGCCCUGCAUUGAGGGCUAGGUCUAGGCAGCCUGUCAAGAGGUACAAGAAGCUCAUUGCUGAUAUUUUUCCCCGUUCACAGGAGGAAGGACCUAAUGACAGAAAAAUUGGGAAACUAUGUGAAUAUGCUGCCAAAAAUCCUUUGCGCAUUCCAAAGAUAACAACUUCUCUUGAGCAAAGGUGUUACAAGGAAUUGAGAAACGAGAAUUUUCAUUCUGCAAAAAUUGUCUUGUGCAUUUACAGAAAGUUGUUGGUCUCUUGUAAAGAGCAAAUGCCUUUAUUUGCGAGCAGCUUUUUAAGUAUCAUUCACACUCUGAUGGAUCAAACACGUAGAGAUGAAAUGCAAAUUAUAGGAUGCCAGACUCUUUUUGACUUUAUAAAUAAUCAGAGUGAUGGGACUUACAUGUUUAACUUAGAAGGUUUUAUACCAAAACUUUGUCAGUUAGCUCAGGAAGUGGGAGAUGACGAAAGGGCAACAAAUUUACGUUCGGCUGGGCUGCAAUCCCUUUCAUCAAUGGUUUGGUUUAUGGGGCAACACUCUCAUAUUUCCUUGGAGUUCGAUAAUGUUGUUUCAGUGGUUCUGGAAAAUUAUGGGGGUCCCAGGAAAGACUUGCAAAAUCUUGACAGCAAUAAUCCAUGUCCCCAGAGUCGGUGGGUGCAGGAAGUUCUUAAAAAUGAAGGUCAUGUUUCUCCUUCACAGGAUGUCCUUAUAAGGGUUCCUUCUUGGAGGACAAUUGUGAACGAGAAAGGCGAUAUAAAUGUGACUGCGGAAGAUGCGCAGAAUCCAUGUUUCUGGUCUAGGGUAUGCUUGCAUAACAUAGCCAAGCUGGCGAAAGAAGCUACAACUGUUCGCCGUGUUCUGGAAUCAUUGUUCCGAUACUUUGACAAUGAGAAUUUAUGGUCACCACAACGUGGUCUUGCUUUCCAAGUUCUAAAGGAUAUGCAGUUUUUGAUGGAUAACUCUGGCCAGAAUACUCACUUUUUGCUGUCUGUUUUGAUUAAACAUUUAGAUCAUAAAAAUGUCCUUAAAGAACCUGACAUGCAGCUUGAUAUCGUUGCGGUUACCACCUUCCUUGCACAGCAUGCAAAGGCUGAGUCUUCUUUGGCAAUAAUUAGCGCAGUAAGUGAUGUCAUGAGGCAUUUGCGGAAAAGCAUUCACUGCUCUCUCGAUGAUGCAAACCUGGGACCGGACGUAAUAAAAUGGAAUAGAAACUUUCAGGAAGCCAUUGACAAAUGUCUCACUGAAUUAUCAUAUAAGGUUGGAGAUGCAGGUCCAAUUCUUGAUGUUAUGGCAGCAAUGUUGGAGAACAUCUCAACUAUUACUGUCAUAUCUAGAACCACAAUCUCAGUUGUUUACCGAACUGCUCAAAUUGUAGCUUCCCUUCCAACUUUGUCAUACCAAAAUAAGGCUUUCCCUGAGUCCUUGUUUCACCAGUUACUCCUGGCUAUGGUUCACCCAGACCAUGAAACACGAGUAGGAGCUCAUCGCAUCUUCUCUGUUGUUCUUGUGCCUUCUUCAGUUUGUCCUCGUCCAUCCUCAGUUUCUGCUGAAUCAGGAAAAGGCUCAGAUAUUUCAAGGACACUCUCAAGAACUGUCUCUGUCUUUUCUUCUUCUGCUGCCUUUUUUGAGAAGUUAAGCAAGGAGAAAGCUUCCUCAAGGGACUAUGCCUUUACAGACGACAGGGAAAAUGUCAUUAAUGAGGGAGAAUCUGGAAACAGCAGUGUCGGGGUGCUCGAAAGAUUGAAGUCAUCCUACAAUCGCGUAUACAGUAUGAAAAAUCCUCCUGUGCCCUCCACCACCGAUGGAAAUUCUACAAGCAAUCUUAUCAAGGAACAAGAGGUUAAUUCCCUUAGGUUGAGUAGUCGCCAGAUAUUGCUCUUGCUUUCAUCAAUUUGGGCCCAGACCUUCUGUCCUGCAAAUACACCUGAAAACUAUGAGGCAAUUGCUCAUACAUACAGCCUUGUCUUGCUGUUCUCUCGGGCCAAGAAUUCUAGAAAUGAAGUUCUAGUUCGAAGUUUUCAACUUGCAUUUUCCUUGUGCAAUAUUUCUCUUAAAGAAGGAGGGCCACUUCCACCAGCACGUCGCAGAUCCGUCUUUACUUUGGCAACAUCAAUGAUACUCUUUUCCUCGAAAGCAUACAAUAUUCUUCCUCUUGUUCAUAGUGCCAAGGUGUUUCUUACAGAAACUAUGGUUGACCCAUUUCUACGCUUGGUUGAAGAGCAAAAGUUGCAGGCUGUUAAUACUGGUUCUAAUCACCACACCAAUGUUUAUGGAUCUAAAGAAGAUGAUAACUCAGCUUUAAAAUAUCUUUCAGAACUAGCAAUCUCCGACCACCAGAUUAGGGAAUCCUUUGCUUCCGAGAUUGUAAAGAGUUUGGAAGACGUCUCAGAUUCCGGAUCAUCCACUGUGCUGGAGCUGCUCUUCAGUGAAUUCUUACCUGAUGAUGCUUGCCCAUUGGGAACCCAAUUUUUUGUGGAUACUCCACGAAAAGUCUAUCAGGUUGACUCAGAAAACAAUAAAGCCCUUGAGGAGGGUGCUUCAGCUUUUUCAUCAGGUGAUGACGCUUUUGUAGAGUCAUGUGAAAGUCAAACCAAGCCUGAUAUGGAGUUGGCCCUCGAAAAUCCUGAUCUUUUAAGUGUUAAUCAACUUCUAGAAUCUGUCUAUGAAACUGCACAUCAAGCUGGAAGAAUUUCUGUAACUGCACCCGACGUACCUUACAAAGAAAUGGCCCAUCAUUGUGAGGCACUUCUGAUGGGCAAGCAACAAAAGAUGUGUCAAUUGAUGAGUGUCCAGCUGAGGCAGGAGAGUUCAAUUAAUGUUUCACAACAAAAUCAAGAAAAUGAGGCAAAGAAGGUUGGCAAUCCUUUUGUUGACCAAAACACCACCAAUCCAAGCCAACAAUCCAGUGGUGGGGUUCCAAUGCAAUGUGCAGCUGAGUAUCAGCAUCAACCCAAUGUCUUCAGAUUACCGGCCACAAAUCCUUACGAUAAUUUCCUAAAAGCUGCUGGCUGCUGAUCCCAUAGAAACAUUUUGUAAGAAAAGUACAUAAUCUCAUUGGCUAGGGAAAGCAAGCAUCAGUGUUGCGUAUAGGUUGUCGAUUCUGACGCUUGAGGGCAUCGCAGUUCCUGAAUUCGCCUUAAUGUAUUACAUGUAUAUUUUAGGUAUGCAGGCAGCCACAAUCAGGAAUAGGGGAAUUUUUAAAGAAGUUCUUCCAUUCUAUACACCAUUCUCAGCAAGCUGGAUGAGAGGAGAGAAAACAUAUGGAUUUUGGUGUGGUGCAUACCAUUUGUACCCGAUUCAUUCUUGUUCUUUUAUUAAGAUAAUUUUUCACAAUUUUGCGGUGAGACUGCACGAAGAGAAGUUCAUCCUUAUCUGCUUCUUCCCUUGUCCAUCGGAGUUCUGGCAAUAUUGCCAGAGUUUUUUGUUUUUUUUUUUGUUUCCAUCUCUGAUGGUAAACAAAGAAUGUAUUUUGUUGCUGUUAGCCUGUUUCCAUCCAUUUUGCUGACUUGCUGUGGAUGAACAGAUGUUGAGCAAAACUACCAUCGAAUUGAAGGCCAAUCCUUAUUUGUAACUGUUAUUUCUGGACUACUUUUGGAGGAAAGAUCAUGGGUAUGUAUUGGUUGGGAAAAUGAAGAGGUAUGUGACUGGUUUGUAUUUUUUUGGAUCAAA